AUGACCCACUCAUCCGACAUCCGGGAACCGUACUGGGGGUUCACGGUGUUUCCUGGGCACAAACCCCUGAGAGCCAUCAAAGAGGAGUUUCACAGGAUUGCUGUUACUGCAUCCUCUGCAAAUGACCUAUUAAAUUUACCUUCAGGUUUUCCAAAUGUGGUAGGAUGCAUUGAUGGCACACAUAUACCCAUCAUUGCACCAACUGAAAAUGAGGCGGACUAUGUAAACAGAAAGUCAAUCCACAGUAUUAAUGUGCAGAUAAUAUGUGAUGCUGCACAUAUCAUCACCAAUGUUGAAGCCAAGUGGCCCGGCUCUGUUCAUGACUCACGAAUAUUUCGUGAGUCCACCCUAAGCAACAGACUGGAAUGUGGAGAGAUUGAUGGCUUUCUGCUAGGGGAUAGAGGUUACCCGUGCCAACCUAAACUUCUAACCCCUUACCCAGAACCUGAACAAGGCCCACAGCAGCGCUUUAAUUUGGCACACAGCAGGACUAGAGCAAGGGUGGAGAUGACCCUAGGCCUGUUGAAAGCACGUUUCCAGUGCCUACGUCACCUCAGGGUCACCCCUGAGAGGGCCUGCGACAUCAUUGUGGCAUGUGUAGUUCUCCAUAAUAUUGCCAUAUUAAGAGGGGAACAACACCCUGCCCUACACAUACAAGACCCAGAGGAAGACCCCAACCACCCUCCAGAUUUCCAGGAUGGAAGGGUGGUCCGAGACCUUAUAUGCCACCAUUCAUUCUCAGAUUGAAUCAACCACCACCACAAGAAAAAAGAUGAACGAAAAAAGAAUCCCACAAUGAAUAAAUUCAA